AUGGAGCUCAAAGAAGAUACCACUAUUGUGGUUCUCGGCGCAUCUGGCGAUCUAGCAAAGAAGAAGACAUUUCCUGCGCUGUUUGGCCUGUACCGAAACAAGUUUCUUCCUAAGGACAUACAUAUCAUCGGAUAUGCUCGAACGAAGAUGGAUCACGAGGAGUACCUCAGGCGGGUGAAGCAAUACAUCAAGACUCCUACGAAAGAUGUUGAAGAGCAGUUAGAAGACUUCUGCAAAUGCUGCUCAUACAUCUCGGGUCAAUACGACCAGGACGAGCCAUUCCAGAACCUCAACAAGCACAUUGAAGAAUUCGAACAGGGUCGUAAGGCAGGGAACAGAAUCUUCUAUAUGGCUCUGCCCCCUUCAGUGUUCAUUCCAGUAUCUCAACACCUGAGAAAGAACUGCUACCCCAACAACGGUAUUGCCAGAGUUAUCAUCGAGAAGCCAUUCGGCAAAGAUCUACAAUCUUCAAGAGAACUACAAAGAGCUCUCGAACCAGACUGGAAAGAGGAGGAGAUCUUCCGUAUUGAUCACUACCUGGGCAAGGAAAUGGUAAAGAAUCUCCUCAUUCUCAGAUUCGGCAAUGAAUUCCUAGGCGCAACCUGGAACCGAAACCACAUCGACAGCGUACAGAUUACCUUCAAAGAGCCCUUCGGCACAGAAGGACGAGGCGGUUACUUCGACGAAUUCGGCAUCAUCCGAGACGUAAUGCAAAACCACUUGCUCCAAGUCCUCACCCUCCUAGCCAUGGAACGACCCAUCUCCUUCUCCUCCGAAGACAUCCGAGACGAAAAAGUACGAGUCCUCCGCGGCAUCCCAGCCAUCGAGCCCAAGAACGUCAUAAUCGGCCAAUACGGCAAGAGCCUGGACGGCACAAAGCCAGCCUACAAGGAAGACGACACAGUCCCCAAAGACUCAAGAUGUCCCACCUUCUGCGCCAUGGUCGCCUACAUCCGCAACGAGCGCUGGGACGGCGUCCCCUUCAUCCUCAAGGCCGGCAAAGCCCUCAACGAGCAAAAGACCGAGAUCAGAAUCCAAUUCAAAGACGUCACCUCUGGCAUCUUCAAGGACAUCCCACGCAACGAACUCGUCAUCCGCAUCCAGCCCAACGAAUCCGUCUACCUCAAGAUGAACAGCAAACUCCCCGGCCUAAGCAUGCAAACCGUCGUCACAGAGCUCGACCUCACCUACCGCCGCCGCUUCUCCGACCUCAAGAUCCCUGAGGCCUAUGAAUCUCUCGUCCUCGACGCACUGAAGGGCGACCACUCCAAUUUCGUCAGAGACGACGAACUCGAUGCGUCUUGGCGUAUCUUUACGCCUAUCCUGCACUAUUUGGAUGAGAAGAAGGAGAUUGUGCCAAUGGAGUAUCCUUAUGGAUCCAGGGGUCCAGCUGUUUUGGAUGAUUUUACGGCCUCUUUUGGCUAUAAAUUCUCGGAUGCUGCGGGUUACCAGUGGAAUACUGCUAGCAAUAAGGCUGCGCUAUAG